CAAACAAUCAGUGAACUUUAUCCCAAACAACCUACAUAACAUCCCAACAAACAAACUUAAAAAAACUUGGUAAAAUCCAGUGAUGUCUCCUUCUAAUUCUUCUUCAGUUUCCAUCUGUUCAAGCACAAAUGUGUUUGCCAUUGGAGACCUUGUAACACAGCUAGUAAAACCAGAUGAAACAGUCACACCAAAGCCCCUCUUGAUAUUUACACCUGUAGAAGCAGGAGAAUUCCCAGUACUUGUUUUACUUCAUGGCUAUCUUCUUAAUAACUCCUUUUACUCUCAGCUCAGCCAUCAAAUAGCUUCCCAUGGCUUCAUCCUCAUCGUCCCCCAGUUAUAUUCAGUGGCUGGACCAGACGCCACUAAAGAAAUCGAGUACGUGGCUGAAAUAACCAACUGGCUAGCUGAAGGACUUCCAAAGUUCCUUCCGCCCGAAGUUAACGCAGACCUAACAAAGCUUGGACUGGCCGGCCACAGCCGUGGAGGAAAAGUCGCUUUUGCCCUUGCUCUAAGUAGACUUAAAACAGAACUAAAGUUAAAAUUUUCUGCAUUGAUUGGGAUUGACCCGGUUGAUGGAAUGGACAAAGGCAAACAAACUACUCCAAAAGUGCUCACUUAUGUUCCACACUCAUUUAAUCUUGAAAUGCCGGUGAUGGUUAUAGGUUCGGGCCUUGGUGAAGUCAGGAAAAACCCGCUGUUCCCAGCUUGUGCUCCAAAAGGGGUGAACCAUGAGGACUUUUACAACGAAUGUUGUAAACCGGCUUGUUAUUUUGUCGCGAAAGAUUACGGGCAUCUUGAUAUGCUUGAUGAUGAGACUAAAGGGAUUAAAGGGAAGGUUACUUAUUGUUUGUGUAAAAAUGGCAAGUGUAGAGAACCCAUGAGGAGAUUUGUUGGAGGGGUUGUGGUUGCUUUCUUGAAAGGUUAUUUAGAAGGGGAUUUUAGUUUUUUAAUGGCUAUAAAAGAUGAUGAACAUAUUGCACCUGUUGUGCUCCAGAAAGUUGACUUUAUGAUUUGACUUUUAUAACUACAAGAGAUGAUACAGGAAAAUUCGAGCAAACGAAGAGAAGAACAAAAGCAAUCAACGAACACUUGGGUAUCCACACUCUUAAAGCACAAUUGAUCAAACGAAAGCCUAAUACAAAUUAAAACCAAAAUUUAAGAUCUCACCAUCGGAAGAAGAAGGUUUUUGUCGUCGGUUUAGGGUUCAUGGUGGAAACUGCAAGCACAAGAAAAGUUUUUCAUCAUUUCAUGAGGGAUCGAUAGCAAGCAUGAAGGAGAGCGGCUAGAUUGUUUGCAAGCAGUCUACCAGACCCAUGUCACCAAGGUAAGAUCACCAUCAGUCUCCUCCCAGCUACUUGCAAUAUUUUUAGACAUCAAAACUAAACAAAAAGGAGAUAUAAGCAAUAUUUAUCAGAUAAUCAUUCGAAAAAAGGAAAAA